AUGCAGAAGGAGUCGCCUGUCCUGGGCAAUGUCCAGCUGCUUGGGGAAUGCUGUGGGCAGCACACACGGAGUGCUGUGGAUGUGCAGACCUCCAUCAACAGCAACUCACUCUAUGGCUCCACCAAAGAGAUAGCCAAGAAGGUCUUCAAUUCUUCGGGCUGUACUCCGACUACGGAGUCCGACAGGGAACAGCAGCCCAAAGCAGACUGCACUUACGUGGCCGUCUUCGCGAACGCGGAGUUCGCUGACAACACCUACGCGGCCAACUGCGUGCCUGCGCAGGUUUGCAAGGACGACGUGAUGGGCAAGGGUCUGAUUGCAACCUACGGGGUGGUCCUGCAAGUGAUGCAGCCGAACCUGGGAUCGCUAGUGCACCUCUCCGAGGGGCCGAUCGAGCGAUGCUACGAGGGCCGGGACAAGAUCAACUCUGGUCACCUGGAGCCGCUGCUCCGGGAAAAGCCGAUCCAUCUUGAGAAGCUCGUGCUCGGAACGGAGACGGUCUUGGAGAUUCCGGGUAUGGAGGUUCUGGUUGCCCUGGACACCCUGUCGCCCUGCAAGAACGACCCGUCCGUCGGAUACCUCUACGUGCACACGAACAACUACUGGUCCGCUGAGGAGCAGGCCAUUGACCUCGUGGCCUUCACCAGCACGCAGGAGAAGGAGAAGCAGGAGAAGCCGAGGAAGGCAGCCUUGGAGAAGGCGCCCGCUGCUGUCGCCCAGGGGGAUGAGGACGAGGCGGAAGAAGCUCUCCAGCGAGCCGGUGCUUUGGCGCCCAAGCUUGUGCACAUGGAGGCGCUGGACAAGGCCGCCAAGGUGGAGUCAGCGCAGGAGAAGCGGGACAAGACUGACAAGGAUCGCGAGGUGGAGGCGGCCGGGGCAAAGGCAGAGAAGUUGGAACUUGCGGCAGCGCCAAAGCUUGGGCACGCAGGCGCCGACCCGAAAGUCCUGGGGAAGAGGUUCCAUUCCGACUGGAACCUGCCCUCGAUCAGUCCGGUCUUCUGCCCAUGCGGCAAGCGCUGCGCAAAGGGCCGCAUUCUCGGGCUCUGGAACUACUGGUGCUUCCGCUACGAGUGCAAGAAAUGCCUUGUGACUUCGGUGCGGCACGUUCAGCACAAUGCGGCAGAAGACUCCGUUGAACCGAAGGGAAACAGAGGCCUCGACUGUCGCGGGGUGAAAGACAGCGACUCGCCCUCGGCUGCGCACGCCGCAGACUGCACGGAGAAGGGUCAAGUGGCCCCGCUUUUGGACUUUACGGGAUUUUCGGCUUUCGUGGAAUGCGUUACAGCAAAUGCUUUCUUGCGGAAUAAAGACAACAGCGUCGAACUGCAUAGCGAGCAGACUCUGGCGGCGCAGGCCGAAGAGGCCCGCAGGACAAUCAGCCACCUCGCCGACCAGGAGAGACUCACGGCGCAGCACAAGGCGGAGGUGGAGAGCUCCUUGCAAGGCAGAAAGCUGGAGUUGCAAAAGGAGGUUCUGGAAUACCAGCUUCGAAGGGAGCAGGAACAGUUCCUCGAGCACGAGUCCAUCCGCAUCCGCAAUGAGAAGCUACUGGAGGAAGCUGUCAGGGAGACCAUGCGCGCCCGGGGUUCGCAAGACAUCGAGACAGCCAAGGCAGCAGCGAAGGCAGAUGCUGCUGGGCGCGCCCAACAGGAGCGGGAGAACAUCGACAUCCGCCUCCGCGAAAUGAGGGCCCAGUCGGCCGAGAAGCGGAGGACGGCUCUGGAGACCGUCGAUGCCUUCUUCACGAGCCUCAGCUCGGGAGCACAGGCGCUCUACGAAGAUCGCGCGAAGACGGUCACCUUGGUCGGAGGGUUGACGGCACUGGCAGUUGGCGUCUACAGCGCCCGGGCGACCACGCGUGUGGCGGGCCGCGUUCUGGAGAGGCACCUUAGUCGACCGCCUUUGGUUCGCGAAACGUCGAGGUGGUCUUGGCGUCCGCAGCUGUCCUGGCUCCCUGGGCGAGGCACCAGUACCAACCUCUUCGAGAAGAUCGUUCUGGAGGAGGCCCUGGCGGAGAGGCUGCAGUGGUCGACCAAUGCACUGCUCAGCGCGCAGCAGAACGGGACACCUUUCCGUCAUCUGCUGCUGCACGGACCCCCAGGCACCGGGAAGACGCUCUUUGCGCGCACGCUGGCGCGGCAGUCUGGCCUGGACUACGCGAUCAUGUCAGGUGGCGACCUUGGCCCUCUCGGCCGUGAAGGGCCCAAUGAGUUGCACAAGCUCUUCGAGUGGGCCAGGCGCUCGCGCAAAGGCAUGGUUCUCUUCAUCGAUGAGGCCGAUUCCUUCCUUCGCCGCGGCCGUGGUGGGGAGGGGACCAUGGGCGAGGACGCACGGAACUCGUUGUCCGUAUUUUUGCACCACACUGGCACGGAGAGCGCUCACGUGGCCGUGAUCCUUGCGACGAAUGUUCCCACCGUGCUGGACCGAGCAGUCCUCGACCGCGUGGACGAGGAGUUCGAGUUCCCAAGGCCCGCGGUUGAACAGCGAAGUCAGAUGCUGCGGCUGUUUGUCGAUCAGUAUCUCCUGCGCGCGUCAAAGGGCGGGAAGUCGCUCAUCGAAGUAGACGACGCACUCGACGAGAAAUUUUGGGAGGUGCCGGCCCACUUUUCUUGA